AUGCCCGUGAUCCGUAAAUUCGAAGGACAAAACAGGAAGUUCAUCAUCGCCAACGCGCGGGUGGAGAACUGCGCCAUCAUCUUCUGCAACGACGCCUUCUGCAGCAUGUGCGGGUACACGCGCGGCGAGGUCAUGCAGAAGUCGUGCACCUGCAGCUUCCUGUACGGCCCAGGUACCCGGAGGCCCGCCAUGGCCCAGAUGGCCAAGGCGCUGCUGGGGGCCGAGGAGAGGAAGGUGGAGAUGAUCCUCUACACCAAGGAGGGCGAGUGCUUCCAGUGCUCCAUCGACGUCGUCCCGGUGAAGAACGAGGACGGCCUGGUCAUCAUGUUCAUCCUGAACUUUGACCUCCCCACCGACCCGAAGCCCUCCAGCCCGUCCCCGGCCAGAGAGCUGAACAACGUGCUGCACAUCCCCUGGCUGGCCCAGGUGAGGAAGGGCCACCUGCGUCUCCUCCUGCGGUCCCUGGGCUCCGGCGGGGGCCCCCAGUCGGAGGAGAGCCCGGCGCCGGGGCCCCCCGGGGGCGGGGCAGCGCUGGGGCCCCCCGGGGGCGGGGCGGCGCUGGGGGCCCGCCUCCCCCCGCUGGGCCACGAGUCGGUGGUGCUGGAGAAGCUGCUGUCCCUCCCCGAGAGCCGGCGGCUGCAGGAGGGGGCGUCGGGCCUGCUGCUCUGGGACCAGGAGGAGGAGGCGGCCUGGGGGGGGGGGCGGGGCCAGGCGGGGGGGCGGGACCCCCGGGGGCCGCGCCCCGCCCCCCCGACCGCGCCCGGGCCCCGAGGGUUCUACGGCUUCUCGGCGAGAGGAGAGCCGGAGGAGGAGGGGGGGGAGGACUGUGCGUUCGGUGACAGCCCCCCCGCCGGCAGGCCGGAGAACGGGGCGUCCAGCGUGAAGCACUCCUCCUCCGUGGACGACCUGAAGAAGAGGCGGAGCUUCUGUGAGCGCCGCCUGCAGAUGAGACACAGCUGCACGGGUAUUGGAUCCAGUAGAAUGCCGGCUGGAACAUCUGACCAGGAUUUGGUCCAGCAGUUGACCCAGAGCCUUCUGGAGCCCAAGACGGACUCGUACGUGGCGCUGCACUCUGGGGAGAGAGACAUCCUGGCCCCGUGUAAACUGAUGGACCGGACCCACAACGUCACGGAGAAGGUCACCCAGGUGAGUGGAGACACUCGAGGGGUUAAGGGCUGAUCGUGGUUCCACGUGGACGCAACUCAAGGGGGUCACGGACCCCUUGCGUCCGUGGGGUCCCUCCUAGCGUCCACCGCAAGGGCCGGACGUGCGCCUCUCAAAAAUUGGAACCUUGCGUCGAGGCAACGCAGCAGCGAGGGCUGUGAUUGGUCCGCUCACUAAAACCUGACGCAGAACCAAAACAGGUUCACGAGUGCGUUGAGGCGAAUGUGUGGUCGCACC